AUGGCAGAGGCCGAAAUUCUUGAGUUCAUGAAACGAGUGCGACCGACCGGUUGUGGAUUGGUGCGCCGGCACUCGCGCGCACGCAAUACAAGAUACAUCCGAAGGUUUGUGGGGGCACACAGAAACGCCAUUCACGGGGACGAGGCCCUGGAGGCAGCCACGGUACAAGCCUCGAAAUAUCUGGAACGUUUCUGGAUCGUGGGCGUGGUGGAACAGUACACGGGUCUCCUGGAGGUCUGGAGGCGUUCCCUCGACCCCGAAGAUAAGCACGGCCGCCCCUGGAACAAGUACGCGGCGAUGCAGUUCAACUCGUCUCUCGUGGGUUCUCGAGAGGUUCUGGCUUUGAUAGACCCGGAGCUCGUGCGGCACUUCAACGGCUCUCUCGCGUUGCAGUGGGAGGUGUACGAGAGAUCCGUUGGACUCUGGGGAGUCCGCUGCCGGGAAGUGCUACGGGAUACUCUGCACGAGGAAAUGUGUACGGUGCCCCCCCCCUGGUCGUUAUAG